AUGGCGCCCUCGCGAGGUCCUUCAUCCACGGCGGCGUCCAUACCGCCACCCUCAAAGGAGGCCUCAGCUUCAGCCUCAGCCGACAAUGACGAUUUCGCCGUGCAACAACAGAGUAACAGCGCGCUCCGUAACGCCAAACGCAACCUCAAUUUCUUGCUAUCGCCGGGCGCCCAUGGUGCGCCAGGCGAGCGACCAGCACGUCUGCGAACUCGGGCGCUCCUGCGCACGCUCCGGUACGUGACACAAUUCAUAUUCUGGCGGCUAGUGCGCUGGGCCAAAUACGUGGCGGUUGGCAGUCUCGUGGCCGCCGUGGGUGCGACAGCGUUCGGUAGUGCAAUUACUGGCGUGGCGUGGUUGGCCGCGCCACCGACAAUCGGCGCCAGUAUCAUCGCCGCGAGUGUUUGGGGUGUGGGCAAGUAUGUUGCCGGCCGAGCCCAUGCUAGGUGGAUGAAGAGUGGUGGGGAUGUGGGUGAGGAGAUCAGGGAGAGGGUGGAAGAUGACGGUGGUGUCAGAGGGGAGGGUGCAUAUGGCGUCGACAUGGGUCCUAGAGCUGUGCCGUGGUAG